CGCCAGAGGUCCCUCAGUGUGCCGGCGACCACGGCCAGGGACGGAGGUGCUCUCAGCUCCAGCUCCAGCCAUCAUGUCCAGAGUUUCCAAGCGAUUCUAUCGCGUUGACAGCCUCCAUGGCCUGGAUAACUUGGACAGGGGCGAGUGCGCGUCGCAGGAGAACAGAUGGGUGUUUGAAGUGAGUCACGAGGCGGCCAAUAAAGUUGGUGGAAUAUAUCAAGUAAUAAGGAGCAAAUGUUCUGCAUCGGUAGAAGAGCUUGGAGAACAGUAUAUUCUGUUGGGGCCAUAUAAAGAAACAAGUGUGAGAACAGAAGUUGAGUUGGGAGAGUUUGCUGCGGACUCUCCACUCACAAUUACUAUUAACCAUUUACGAACACUUGGUUGGAGGGUGCACCCUGGCCGAUGGCUUGUGGAUGGAAGCCCGCAGAUUAUUCUUUUUGAUAUAGGAUCAGCAUCUGCCAAACUGAAUGACUAUAAGCAGGAUUUUUAUGAAAAUACCAAAAUUGGCAUUCCACACCAAGAUGUAGAAUGCAAUGAUGCAGUACUUUUUGGCUUCAUGGUUGCCAAAUUUAUUGAAGAGUUCCGUGCAGAGGUGAUCAACCACAGUGAUAUCAAGCCGAAGAUAUGUGUCCAUUUCCACGAAUGGCUGGCUGGUGUGGGCUUGGUAAUGUUGAGAAUGAGGAAUGUUGACGUGGCCACCGUGUUCACUACACAUGCUACUUUGCUCGGCAGGUUCCUCUGUGCUGGAGCUGUUGAUUUCUAUAAUAAUUUGGAUAAGUUUGACAUAGAUCAGGAGGCUGGAAUGCGAGGAAUCUAUCAUCGAUAUUGCAUGGAGAGAUGCUCGGCCCAUCUGGCGCACACCUUUACCACGGUGUCAGAGAUCACCGGAGUAGAAGCUGAACACUUGCUGAAGCGCAAACCAGAUAUAAUUACGCCUAAUGGAUUGAAUGUCAAAAAAUUUGCUGCUCUCCACGAAUUCCAGAACCUUCAUGCAUUAUCCAAAGAGAAGAUUAAUGACUUUAUUAGAGGACAUUUUUAUGGGUUUAUGGACUUUGAUCUAGACAAGACUAUAUAUUUCUUCAUCGCUGGGCGCUACGAGUUUGGCAACAAGGGUGCUGACCUUUAUAUUGAAGCACUGGCCAGGUUAAACCAUUAUAUGAAGGCAAGUGGAACAGACAAGACUGUGAUAGCAUUUAUAAUUUUCCCAACAAAGACAAACAACUUUAAUAUAGAAUCAUUGAGAGGCCAAGCUAUUACAAAGUCUCUGCGUGAUGCAAUCCAUGACAUUCAGUCGAAAGUUGGGAAACGUAUGUACGACAUUUGCCUAACAGGACGUCUUCCAGAAACCAAUGAAUUGCUCUUGAAGGAGGAAACUGUGCGAUUAAAGCGCUGUAUCUACGCAGCACAAAGAAAAUCUCUUCCGCCAAUCACCACGCACAAUAUUUGUGAUGAUCAUAACGAUCCUGUGCUUAAUGCUCUUCGCAGGUGUCAUCUCUUUAAUGACUCCCCUGAUAGAGUUAAGGUCAUCUUUCAUCCUGAAUUCCUUUCUGUAACAAAUCCCCUAUUUGGUAUGGACUACGAAGAGUUUGUCCGAGGCUGUCACAUGGGCGUCUUUCCUUCGUACUAUGAGCCGUGGGGCUACACGCCAGCUGAAUGUACCGUUAUGGGCAUUCCUUCGGUCACCACCAACUUAUCCGGGUUUGGUUGUUUCAUGGCUGAGCACAUUGCAGACCCCAUGAGCUACGGUAUUUACAUCAUAGAUCGCCGCUACAUUGGCCUAGAAGAGUCUGUAAGACAGUUGGCCCAAAACUUGUUUGAAUUUGUGCAGUUGAAUCGUCGACAGCGGAUUAUCCAGAGGAAUCGUACUGAACGUUUGUCGGAGUUGCUCGACUGGAGGAUACUCGGAUCGUAUUAUCGUCAAGCCAGACAGCAUGCCCUGCAUGGUGUUUAUCCUGAAUUAUCUGUGGAAUCAGAUGCAUCGGGUGCUGGCCGACUUAACUACCCCCGCCCGCUCUCCGAGCCUCCAUCGCCCUCAUCUUCGAGAGCCACUACUCCUGCGCCCUCGGAACAUGGCUCUGUGGAAGAUGAGGAGGAAGACAGCGUUGACAGUGAAGCCGAGUUGGAGGAACUGGGCGUAGGAGGCAGUGCAAAUGGUAGUAUCAGCAGUAGCAGGUAGAGGUGCCUUUGAGCUGACAAAGCAGAGGAGCAUGUGGUCUCUAGUGCACAGUAAUUUGUCACGCACAGGACAUUCGUAAAAAUGUGGUUUGAUGGCAUAUGUACCAAGUCAAAGUAACUUAAAGUAAGCUUAAUUUCAAUAUUAAUUUAAAUAUUUGUCUUCCUUAUUUUAAAAGAUCUUUGGUUGUGUUAGUUGAUAACUUGUGAUGUUUGUGUUGAGCUUGUGGUGUAGUGUUGUGUAUGUUGUGAGCCUCUGAUGGGUGUAUGUGUUGUGAACCUCUGAUGGGUGUGGGUGUGUGUGUGAGCCUCUGAUGUGUGUGUGUUUGUGUGUUGUGAGCCUCUGAUGUGUGUGUGUGUGUGUGUGUGUGUGUGUGUGAGCCUCUGAUGUGUGUGUGUGUUUGUGUGUUGUGAGCCUCUGAUGUGUGUGUGUUUGUGUGUUGUGAGCCUCUGAUGGGCGUUGAACAUUUUCCAUGAUACAAAUGAAGGUUUUGUACAUUUAUGCGAAGUUGAUAAAUUAUAAAAUGGAAUUAUAUUUUUGUUUUAACACAUCAGGCAUCAAAGGUAAUCAAAAUACAGCAAGACAAUUUUAUGUGUUAAUUUUAUCCUUAAUGUAAAAACACUGAAUAUAUUUUAUCUAUCUGUAUAACUUUGAUGCUUUUUUUUUCUCUGGCAACUCCUUUAGAGAAUGACUUAGUGCAAGAAUAUUUAAACCUAUAUUCAGUCUAGCAUCAUUUAUGUCAUGCAGGGUCUAAGGCUUUGUAUUAUGAGGUGCUCCUUAUGGCCGGAUUAAGCAGAACAUUCUAUCACUCCUACAGACUUGGAGAUAAUGCCCAACUUGUCUCGUAUUUGUCAGAGCCCUGGUUACUGUUUGUUGCUAGUACGGCCGGACAAAAAAUCGCAAGCACUCGCACUGUUUAGAUGUAGCUGCAGAAAACUCUAGUCUUGUUAUUUCAGCAGUUGAGGAGAAAAGUUGCUUUUGGUACUAGUAGGUUAAACUGAUGCCUCCUGACUCAUAAAUUAUGGCACUACUUAGAAGUUAACAAUGCUACAAUGGUACAGUACUAUUCUUACUGUUAAACCAUGUGGUUGGAAUUGUUCUAUGCCAUUCAUCCAAAGGGCUUAAGAGGCACACAUUUAAAGUCAGAGGGCAUGAAUUUAGAGUAACAAGUUGUAUGUACAACAAAACUAUAGGAGCUUUGCAACAAAUUUUGCAGUGGCAUGUAUUUAUAUGUGAAAGUGAACACAACCAAACUCAGAAAUUUUUGCAUUUGUUACUGUUGAAAGUGAUUUUAGACCUUAACAAUUCUGAACUAUUGUAUAAGCAAAAAAAAUUGGUACGAAAUGAUUUGGGGGUAUAGUGUUUAAUAGUGAAAUGAGCCUUUCAGGUUUUUAUUUGUUUCUCUUUGUAUCGAGCAUACUGCUUUACUCUUGUUCAAGACAUUUAUAUAUAUGUAUAUAUAAUAAUAUGCAUAUAUUAUGUAUAGUUGAAUCCACUUAUUUUGAAUUCAAAUUGUUAGUACAGUACCUUUUGGAAAAAUAAUUAAGUUUGACAUAAGCAUUAAAUAUAUUUUAUGGUGAACUACAGUCAUUUUCAAAUAUAUUACUAGUACAGCAGUGGCUUAGUUUGGAUGAAUUUAGUGUUCUGUAAUUACUGUCUAAUGCAAAUUUUGUAAAUAUAAAUAUUUAAUUUAUAAAAGUCUUGUUCAUGAAUUAUAGUAUAAGUCGAUGAGUAAUUUUAAAAUGCCGUGGGAAAAGUGGUCAAAAGGACUAUAUUGUACCAUAGUGUUCACUUAAAACUUUGAUUUCUGCUUACAUAAAAACAAUUGCAUUGAAUUAUCAAACUGAUUGUGGUAAUAUAUUUUGAAAAAGUAAGUUUAUUGCUAAACUGCUACAGUACUGCAUUGUUAAUAUUUACCUAAUUUUUUUCCUGAAGCUUGUGUUAAGCUUGACUCGGCUAAUUUGUGCCAUAAAAUACUGUUGCCAUAAACUGAAGGUGUGAUCUACAGUAUAAAACUGGUUAUAGUUUGUACUCGAUAGUGAAUAUCUUGGAUGUACUAAUUAUUACUGAGGGUGUCGAGGACUAUUUUAAUGUCAACUUUUUUAAUUACUCUGUAAUGACAUGUGGAUUUCCAUGAAGAUAAAUAAUGGGGUUGAAAUUUUUAUUUUUGUUGUAUAAACAGUUAUUGUAAAUGUAAUUUAAGACAAGUGGGUAAUGUUGGAAGACUGAAGCUAGUCCAUUGAGGAUGCUCUUCUCAUGAUCAUUUAUCAAAGUCCAUCCUCUCAACUCUGCAGUUGGUCCUUAUUUCUCUCUGCAUUUCUAACUGGAAGGUCCAUUACUGUUAAUGAUACCAGUGAAUUUGUUAUACUAUUUUCUUAAAUAAUUGUUAUAAAGUGCAAUAGGAAAAAUGAUCUAUUGUGAGUAAGCCUCUUAAUGUGAAUAAGUGUUAAUACACUAGUAAAUAAAAUGUUUGUGCCAACUAUACCUACCAUCAUCUGUGUACUUUUCUUCUCUAGUGUCCUCACUCUGUGCUGUGUAAAUGUACAUAAAUCCUUAUAUAAUGGUCAGUCAGUUUGGAUCUACUCCCGUUAACAACAAUGUAACAACUUGGGUCAAUUUUAGAGGGCAGGAAACAUACCUUAACUAAAUUUUGUAAUUGAUCAUUGUGGUUUUAUUGUACGAGCUUACACAAUUAAAAUGAGAAUUUGU